UAUUGGCGGUAGAUACAUAUCGUCAUGGCAACAUACAGACGAACUGUUACGAUAGAGAACCCAAAAUGUCGGAACAGGACGAUAAACCCGAUUCGAGCUCAAGUAAAAGAAGCCUCAAAACUGCCACAAAUCAGCUAAAAGCCGAGGCUUUGAGGCGACUAAAACUAGAUGAUGCCGAGAACGAGGGUGAUAAUGCAUCCGAUGCCGGGGAUUCCGUUGGAAGCAGGCAAGAAUCGAACCUUGCGAGUGGUUCUUCGAAUCGAGAUGAGAAGGCAGUAAACGAUGGGAUAGAGAAACCUUCCGAAGUAGGAAUGCAAGAAUCUAGCGAAAACAAAGAGGGAAUGAAGCCAAAUUCGCAAGAAGACAUAAAUGAAGCUGAUCUAACUAGAGUCGGGGAGCCUUCGUCUGGUGAAAAUGAUGCAAAUCCGAAUAAAGAUGAAAAUAUUUCUGGAGAUGGUGGCGAGGGAAACAAAGAUGUAAAAGGCGAUGACCGGGAAAAAGGUAGCACAGAAAGUGGAGAGAUCACAGAGAAAGAUUAUAGUCAUAUUGCUGAAGAAUCGAAGGGUAAGAAACAAGGAGUCGAUACUCCUCAAACGGAAAAUGUUGUUGGACAAGGACAGAUGGGGAGUAAUGGUUCUCAGGCAGAAAACGAUGAACAGAGAGUCGAUGGAAGUGCAAAGCCAUCUACUGAGGGUGGGGUGAGUGUAGAAGCCCUACCAAGUCAAAAUACUGAGAGUUCUGUACAGCAAGGAAAACCAAAACAGGGCGGCGAGCAGCAAGCCGACAAGGUGUCAGAAGGUGCUGGUGAGGGUGGUGUCAUUUUGGAAAGUGGUGUUUCUGAAAGGUCUAUUGACAACUCAGUUGUGGAGGGGAAAACAGGGGAAAAUAAGAAAGUUGAAAAUUCAAAAUCAGACAAGCCAGAUGGAGAUUCAGAGGAAAAGGCAUUGGGUGAUGAUACAAAAGCUGUUAAUUUGGAUGAAAAUGCAAAGACAGAUAGUGAUGGAAAACCUACUGGAGAUGAAAAAAUGGAAAAUAAUGCUGCCCAAUCUGUGUCAGAUCCAAAAAGCAGAACAGAGGGCUCUGCUGAAAGUGAAAAUCAAGAUGGAAAAUCAGCAACUUCUGUUACAGGAAAAGAAGCAAGUGGAACCAAUAAAGAUGACGGAACAACUCUAAAAGAUAAUGAUUCAAAUAUUGAAUCAGGACGCAAUGCCAGUGGUGAUAAAAGUGCUGCUAUCCCAGUAGAUGGUUCUAACACUACAGAGAUGAGAGAUCCACAAGCCCACAAAACUGCAUCAACAUCUGCUACAGCAGCUAGCAUUGGAGAAAGUGUGAAUGAUGAUAACAAUAAAUCUGCUAGUCAGCAAGUAAAUGAGGAUAAAGAUGCUACGAGCCAGUCUGCUAACAAAGAUGCUUCAACUGAUGGUGCAGAAACACGCAAAGAUGGCAAAGAAGAAGUCACUCCUCCUCUAAAUGAACAAACUGAAUCAGACAUUAGUAAUGAAAUAAACAAAGGGCCAGACAGUAAGGGGGGUUCUUUAGAGGGUGUUGGUGGUAAAGAUGCUAGUGUUGAUGCUAAUGAGAAAUCUGUCCCUAAACAGGAGACAGCAGAGGAAAAAGAUAAUUCAGAAACAACUGAGAGUAAUGUUCAAGAAGAGGGUAAAAGCAUGGAGACUAGUGAAUCUGCUGCUCAGGGCACAAGUGAUAAGGAUGCGACAAAAGUAGAAUCAGAGACGAAUGAGGUUCCAGAUGAGCCAAAACAAUCUGCUGAAACUCAAGAAAAAGUGGACUCCAAGAAAGGCAGUCCCAAAACUGAUGAGGGUGGUGUUGCGGACGAGGCAAAGGCAGCAAAGGGAGAGGAAAUGGGAGAAGAUCAAAAGGUGACUGCUGCUGGAUCAAGUGAAGACACUGCUGGUCUGGAAGCGGUGGAGACUGAAGGAGGUGCAGAACAACAAGGUGACGAAGUUCAAGGUGGAGAGGCUGGUGAUGCAGAAAGGGUGAUUCCUGACGAUUUCUAUUAUGAUUAUGAUGACAUGGCAUCGAAGCCUUUCUCUACAGAGGGAAUUCCAAAUCAGCUCAUCUCAUUUCACCAUUCAUUUGGUUUUGAAUGCACCAAGAGGUCCAAUCUCCAUGUAAUUGAUGAGGACAUUGCUUUGUUUUCUGCGGGGAACAUGGUCGAGCUACUAAAUCUGAAGACACGUGAGCAGAAGUACUUGCGCACUACAGGCGGUGGAGGGAUUGGUGCUAUUGCAGUGCACCCUAGCCGCAAGUACUUUGCUGUUGCAGAAAAAGGCAUCAAACCAGACAUCAACAUCUUUGAAUACCCCUCAUUGAAGCUUUACCGUGUCUUACGUGAUGGUACAGAAGAAGCAUAUGCCAACCUGGACUUCUCUCCUGACGGAAGCAUGCUGGCAUCUGUUGGGAGUUCUCCGGACUUCAUGCUGACUGUCUGGGAUUGGAUUAAGGAAAAGGUUCUUCUCCGCUCGAAGGCUUUCUCACAAGAUGUGUACAAGGUUGCGUUUUCACCAGACAACGAAGGGCAUCUGUGUACCAGUGGCUCCGGACAUAUACGCUUUUGGGAAAUGGCCAACACUUUCACUGGCCUCAAACUCCAAGGUCUUAUUGGAAAGUUUGGUGCGAAGGAAAUUUCAGAUAUUGAAGGUUUUGUAGAGCUGCCUGAUGGCAAGGUGUUGUCAGGAUCUGAGUGGGGUAACAUGUUGUUAUGGGACGGGGGUCUCAUCAAGGUUGAGAUCUCCAAGAAAGGGAAAAAGACAUGUCAUAAUGGCACGAUUGAGCAGUUCUUCAUGGAUGAAGGAGAGCUUGUUACAAUUGGCAUGGAUGGGUUUGUCAAGGUUUGGGACUUCGAGAGUAUUGACAAUGCAGACACCACUGAAGAAGGCUCACUCUUUGAGAUGGAUCCAAUGUAUGAGCUGAAGGUUGGAGCUGAUGUAAAGCUGAUGUCAAUGCAGAAAGCUGUUAAUUCUGAGGCUCCAAUUUGGUAUGCUCAGGAUGCAGCAGGCGGUAUCUGGAAGCUUGAUCUCUCAUUCACACACACUAGCCAUGCCCCUGAACGCCUGUUUUCAUUCCAUGCUGGUCACAUCACAGGUCUGGAUACAUCCCCUGUUGCACAUUUAGUUGCCACGACAGGAGAGGAUUAUACUGUGCGUGUUUAUGACUACUUGUCCAAGAAACAAAUGUGCCAGAGCAGGUACAGCACUGGAGGCACAAGCCUGCUGUGGGUGCCGAAAAGUGUCGAUUCCAACGGGACAAAGAUUCUUGCAGGCUUCAACGAUGGGGUCGUCCGUCUGCUGACCUUAAACAAGGUUGAUCCAUCUCAAGUUCGCAGCAAGAAAUCCAAGUCGAACUAUAAGCUGAGUCUGACUCAAGUGUUCAAGCCUCACACUAAGCCGGUGACUGUGAUGACUAUCGACAAAGAGGGCGAACUGCUCGCUACAGGGAGUAAUGACUGUACGGUUUUCUUCUUCUCUAUCGGAGAAACAUACAAACCAAUUGGAUUUGUGGAAACUGCUUCACCAGUCAAAUCUAUUGAGUGGUCCAAGAAAGGGAAGAAAGGUAAAAGCCUGCUGGUGAGCUGUAAGGACGGUACUGUGCUGGAAGUUGAGGCUCCUGACCCUGGUGAGCAUGACACAAGCAAGACCUUUCACCUCCCGCUUACUAACCUCAAGAUCACUGAGUUCCUUUUCAAGAGCGUCAAAGACAAACUGAGGAAAGCCGAAGAGGCAGAGCGCAAAGCUAAAGAGGAAGAGGAGAAGCGAAAAAAGAAGGAAGCUGAGCAGGCACGACGCCGAGCAAGAGGUCUUGAAGACGAGGAAGAAGAGGAGGAGGAGGAGGAGACGAAGGAGGGAGAGGGAGAAGAGGAGGAGGAGCAAGAUAAACAGCAAGAGGAACGGCAGCCCAGUGAGAUCAUCAAGAGCUUUUACUAUGGACCUGACAAGAACAAGUUCUGGCUUUCAAUGGACGGCUGGGACGCAGGCUAUCUGUACGAGUGUGAUUUUGAGGAGAAACCUUCCUCUAAAGAUGAUGAUACGACAGGCGAGCCGGUCAAAUCUCUCCCUGUACCGAACAGCAACGACACGCCCAUCAGAUCAGUCUAUCUAACCAAUUCUGGUCGUUUCCUGAUGUUUGGUAUGGACGAUGGUCAGAUUCGUAUUCAUCCCGUUGAACCUGGAAAGGACCUGGAAUCUUUAUCCAAUUACUGGUCAUUCACGAUUCAUGACAAUCACAACGGCUCUGUGUGGCAAUUACGCACAAGCUUUGAUGACAAGUAUGUCUUCUCUGUUGGUGCUGAGGGGAAUUUUUUCGCUCACCAGUUUAUGGAUAGCGCCGUAAAGGGCCUCAAGCUACCAAGCAAGGUGUCCCUCCCAUCACCAAAGAAAAUAAUCGGCGAGGAUGGGCAAGAAAUCGAAAAGAAGGUGGAUGAUAUAGAUGACCCGAAUUUUUACAGUAUCGAGUUGGAGAAACAGAAAGCUGAACAUGACCGGAUGGUGAAGCUCGCCGAGGAAAAGAAGCAGAAAGUUCGUCGUAAGAUUGCUGAACUUAGACGCACCUUUAAGCAGCUGAUGAAUCGUAACCAGGACCUCCCAGGUCACGUCCAACUUGCCACAGAGGAAUUCAUCAUUGAUCCCGAAAUUCGGAAAGAGCUCGAAUCACACACACAAGAGAAGAUCGAUCUGGUUCAUCGGGAGAUGUCAUGGGAAUCGGAAAAACACGCUAUCGGGCUCAGAAAACUCAAAAACCGGUUCAAGGACGAGCUGGAAUGUGAGCGUAUAGUCCUCAUUGCCUUCCUCACCGAGCACCAGGUUUCUUCCUUCCGCAAGAGCAAGCCUGAUUACUUACAGCAGUUACUCCAGGACGCCGAGGGCCCUACCUCCAAGACUGCAGAAGGGGGCGAGGGAGUUGGUGGUAAGAAGGCUACCUCUACCUUCAGAGCUGCUCAGAUGAAGCGGCAGAGUACAGUAGACAAGCUUAUGGGUCAGCAAAAGCAACAACAGCAGCCUGGAGGUGGCCAGAGCCAGCUUGGUGGGAAGGUCGCCAAGGCACUUGAGAAGGCUGAAGCACGGCGACAGAAGAGACUCGCCAGGCAGGCGCAGUGGGAUGACUUGAAUCGCAACAAACCUGACGAGAACUAUGAGGACCCCAGUGAUAAAGCUGCCAUCAAGAACGCGCGGGAACACAUGGGCGACUAUAAGCUGAAGACUGCCAAGGACUACGUAGUGCCUGAGAGUCAACGUGUGAACGCCGCCAAGAAACGAGUUCAACUUCUCAAGUUACUGGACCAGAUUCACUACUACAAGCUCAACUUCAACCAAAAGUUCCUCGCCUUACGAAACAAGAAGAUGGCUGUCAUCAAGGAAGCCAAAGAAGCUGUCAAGAAACUCGAAAUGAUUCAGAAGAAGCUUGAUUUCCACUCAAGGCGACCCAUCCCUAAAGUGCCAAGCAUGAGACCCGAGGAGUGCCCGGAAAAGCGCCUUGAGUACACGCGUGACCAGCUCUUGGAGUUUAAGAAAGAGAAGGACGAAAAGGACAAGCAAGGCGGUGGUCAUGACGAUGGCGGGGGUGGUGGCGGAGGUUUUGGCGGCUUUGGAGGUUUCGGAGGGGGAGAGUCAAAACUCGGUGCUGGGAAGUCACGUGACCGCUCCAUCUCGUCUGUUUCGGUCCAUUCCUCGGGAAGGCCCAAGUCCAGUCUCAGCGGGGUGACAGAGAAAGGGACCCCAGAGCCCACCCUGGAAGAGGUUCCCGAGGAACCCUCCCCGCUAGAGCAGGAACUACAGUACGAGGAGCGAAUAAGGUUGAGCUACGAGCAAGACGUCCUUGUUGACCACAUAAACUCCAUGCUUAGAAAGUUCGAUGCCGACCUUCGCACCCUCCGCCACGAGAAGAUGAACACGGAGGUGGGCCUCAAGUGCGCUGACCUCCGCCAGGUCACUCUCUUCGAGGAGUUCGUACUGCUCAAGGACUUCGAGAAACGCGAAAAUAUUUACGCUAAUAAGGUUAACACGAGGCUAGAAGAGAAGGAAGACAUGCAGGACAAGGUUGAGGACUGUCAGUUGAAGUUAGACACCAAGAAACAAGAUAUUGAGAAGCUACAAGACCAGGAAAAGGCUCUGCACACAACCUUUGCCACCACUCUCGGCGAGAAUAACAAGUUCGAGAACUUCCUGACAAAAGUCUUUAAGAAGAAAAUCAAGAGGGCCAAGAAAAAAACUCAGACAGAGGAAGGGUCUGACGAGGAUAGCGAAGAUGAGAACAGCGAUGAUGACUUUUCAUCUAGCGACGAGGAAGACAGUGAUGCCGAGGAGCUAGAUGACAGUGUUUGUCCACCUGGGUGCGACCAGGCGCUCUUUGAUCAUGUGUGUCAGCUGCGCGAGCGGAGACUGGAUCUAGAGGAGGAGCUAGCGGAGGAAAAGAAGACGAGUGAGAGUCUUAAGAAGGAGCUGGACGCGCUGGUCAAGAAGGCCAAGGUCAUCGACAGCGCACUCAAGACCGCUGAGGCUGACCUCGAGGCAUUCCAGCGCGAGAAGCAGCAGAAGCUGAACGAGCUAGACGUAGUGGUGGUUCUUCGCCUGCACCAGGUUCAGCAUAUGAUAAAUGGAAGCAUUCCACACGAUCUCAGCAACUGCCUCGUGUUUGGCGGGGCCGGCCUUAUAAACCUACAGUCACGCAUCAAAGAACUGGAGAAAGAGAAACACGAGCAGAAACGCCUCUAUAGAGAGCACAGACAAACCCACGUGCAACUGAUCAGGGACAAGAAAGUCAUGGAGUCGAGGAUUGACGAGUUGGAGGAGAAAGUGCGUAACAUGAUGAUGCUGAAGUUCGGGCGUCUCGUGGAUCUUGAGAAACUGGAGACUGUUACCGUCAACAGGACAGUAGAGGAACUGAAAGAGAAGCUACGGCAGGCGGAGAGUGAAAGCGCCAGAGAUGUCGCCAAGUGGGACAGUAAGAUUGAAUCGUACAAGCAGAAGAGCACACAGUUAACCCGCGAGAACACGCAACGACUCGACACGUUCACGGUACUGCUACAGGAGAAGAAGGAACUGGAACACAUGUUAGACUCCAGACAGAAAUCACUGGGAACUGAGUUCACAGGAGCCCGCAAAGCCGAUCUUCGCGAGCGUCAACGACUUGUCCAACUGGUCCAAUUACAGGCGCAAGAGAUUGAUGCACUCAAAGACGAAAUUACCCUUUUAUCGCGCAAGGGGGGACACAUCCUACCGCCGGCACAGCCACCCCUCCCCCCCGGACAAACACCAAUACCCAAUCAGUAAAGCAGUGUGCUUUUGUAGAUACUUAGGUAAAAAAAGUUUGUAUUUUGUAAAGUUUAACCUAUUUUAAUGUAUAUUUGAGGAUAAUUGAAUUUUGGCUGCGUUGUGCAAGGAUCCACUCGUGUGAACUUUCGAAUCCCUUUUUGAUAUGUAACACGGUGAAAUGAAUAAACAUCAUUUAUAGAAAA